CCUGUUCUGUUGGAGCAGGAGACCUGCUUUGCUCACCUGGAAGCAAGGAGAAGCUACAAGGCCUUCUUUCCUCUGCCCCUCCUCCCUGCCCCCAUAAAAUGUUAUAUAAGAAGGGGAAAUUGUACCCUUGAACGUUUGAAAACCCUGCUUUCCAGUUGCCAGCACCGGCUUUAUAUAUGAGAGUUUGAAGGCCUCAGUCAGAGACACUUUGGCUACUAUUCAGGGGACAAGAGCUAAUUGUGUGUAUUUUGGUGAUUUGAUUACAAUAGAGGUGUGGGACACCUUUCUGAGUCAGACUUUAAAAAAAAAAAAAAAAGGCAGCCCAACACAACACAAACCUACAGCUCAGUUUUCUUUUUAAAUUGGUAACAAAAUAGGACAUGAUAAAAGCACUUUGUCCCUAUUGGAUGCAGCAGAGGUGGGGGGAGGGUUGCUAACUGCUGGGGUGAAGGGGACUAUAAAACUAAAGGAUCCACUUUUACUCAGACGAGGAGCCUGCAGCUAAGUUAAAACGGGUGGGGCCUUAUCAGUCUCCUGGAGUGAAGAUUUAAAAACAAAGCUAACAAUUUUUGCAAAUUACCAAACUCCUACCUCAAAGAUGGAACCUGCCAAAGUGAAAAACAGCGUUACAGAACAAGUCACGCAAUGCCCCAUUAUUUCCAAUACGCCGAAAGAAGGAGGCAGGAGGAAACGGACCACGUUUAGCAAAGCCCAGCUGGACCUCUUGGUUAAAACGUUUGAAAGGGAUCCCUACCCUGGCAUCACCGUGCGGGAGAGGCUAUCCAGUCUGACGGAGAUACCCGAGUCUAGGAUUCAGGUUUGGUUUCAAAACAGAAGAGCCAGGCAGCUGAACCAAAAGAAGAGUGAAGCCCCCACCUUUCCCAAACCUGAUUAUGGCAACAAGAAGCUGACACACUUCACUGUCAAUCUUUCAGACAGACCAAGAAUGACACAGACUCUUGCAUCUGGUCAGAGUCUACUCAAUCUACAGCCAUGUCUGCCAGGAGGGAAUCAAAAUGUUCCUAGUCAGCCCAUGCAGUAUUCAGAGCAACAACUUCCUAGGUUAGAUGGUCAUUUCAAGAGCUUGGACAGCACUUUUAGAACAGGAACCCAAAUCCAGACCCCAUCAACUCAUUUAAACUCAUCUUAUGUGUCAAGAGAGAACCAGUUCAGUUUAGCAGCCACGGAGAGUCCUUCCCAGAUUCAACACCCUGUGCAGCCACUACAGCAACAUCCAUACUAUCAGAUAUCUUUACCUGAAAACUACUACUCAGAUACAAAUCUAUUCCAGGCUGCUGCCCCCCUAGUUUUAGGGGGGCAGCAGUGUAGUCAAGGUCCCCAAUAUACAGCAGCCAAAGAGAAUGUAUACAGGAUGCCUGUCACUAUCAACUACUUAAACUCUAGCCAAGGAGUGAUCAAUGAGGAGUGUUCAUAUGUCAAGGCAAGCACUUCUCAUCUUAGUAAGAGUCCAGUUUUAGGUCAUGGUGGAGGAGACCCACAAGGAAAAAUGGAGCCUGAGCAGGCUGAGUGGAACAUUGAUUCACCUGUUUCUUCUAGCAUUACUCUUCCCCCUUCAACAUUUGCAAACUGUCAGGUAACAUCUCAGAGGAUGUUGACUCCUCUGGUUCCUUUGUUUGGGCAACAACUGAAAGAUAUGAUAGAUGAAUUUGAUCCUCGUUGGUCAUACAUGAGAAAUGAAGUCUUAGGUACUGGUCUAGAUUUGUUAUUUGAAAGUGAACAAAAUGUAGAGCCAAGUGGUGGUAGAAGUUACCUCUUCACCUCUGGUGAACAGCGUUCAAGCUGCCACUUAGGUCAUACCUGAAAAUGAGCUUGGUGGGUAUGUUCAUGCCUUAUAAAUUUGCAUGAUUGUCAGGGUGAAAGAGGGAAGAGGCUGAGGAGUGUUGCUGGCCAGUGUGUUUCGGGUUUGUUAUGAGAGCUGUGUGUGAGUCAGUAAGGGGUGGGGGGGAAGGCAGGCGUGUAGAAGUUGGAAGGUGGCUGCUAGAAAUGAGUGGAAAAACUUCAUCACCGAGUGUUUUCUGUUUGGGCAUUGUCAACAAGUUGCUUGCAGUGAUCUUGUAUUAGUUUAUAAUUAGCUACCAGAUAACUUUACUGGUCAGGGACAGUUCAUUGAGUGUUUAUUUAUUUAGUCUCUGGUAGUCAAACUGUGUUGGUUAGCUUUGACUGGAGGUAUGGGAAAGAUUUUAGGGGAUUAUGUCUGUUUCCUCAUGGGAAGAAUGUGCUACAUAUCUGGUGUGACUACUCCUGUUUAAAAUUCACUUUCUAUACAGUAUACUCCAUUUCUUUCACUGACAGCUAACACAAGAGGCACAAACAC